AAUUACUAUUUUCCAAUGCUGAUUAUGAUUCAUGGGCCGUAAGAGUAGGGAAUAUGAAGCUUGAAGAGGGUAUGAAAAUCGAAAGUAUGAUGGAAGAAGACUAUGAAUAUAUACAAUCCGAACCAGAUACUAAAAGACCAUUCCAAGUUGCUCGUAUUGGAAAAUGGAAUCUAACAGGUGACGGAGGAUGUGACAUGUUCGUGUUUCUUUCUUUUAAUAAAAAGGAUGGAGGGUUUCUGGUUCCUAUCCAGAUUAAAUAUCGGUCAACAGAAAAUCUACAAAUAUAUGAUCCUAAAAUGAAUUAUGAGGGCGGUUCCAAGAGAUUAAAUCACUAUUUACGUGAUUUUGAUGAGUUAUUAUCCCGUAUGAUUCUCGACGAAAAUGAGAAUUCUUUUAGGGUACGUUAUGGAAUUUUCAUUGUCAAUGACAAAGUUCAUAUACCUGAACGGUAUCCUAGUACCGUGAAUGUUGUCAUGGUAAUCAAUGAAUCAGAGAUUACCAAUGAUAAUAUAAGAGAUUUCUUUAACCGAAUCAGAACACGUAAUCAUAAUAUAUCCCAGG